AUGAUUCCGACCCAACUGUGCACUCGCUCACUACGCUCUGUCUCCCCCGCCGCUAGCGUCACCCCCACCAGCCCGCUUCUAGUCGUACCACCAACGCUCCUCCGCCGUCCAUUCUCCACCACCAGACCUUCGCUUUCCGCGCCGCCGCCCGCACAAGAUGACGGCGCCAGCAAGCCGCUCAUACGGCACGUCCUAGUCGAUCAUAACCCCGAUUUCUUGGUCAAGCUGCCGCCCGCCCCGAAGCCCGACCUGGCGCCUGAACUGCGCCUGCUGGAGGGCAUCGAGCCCACGCUCAAGGGCUUGCUACAUGAGACGCCGUUCCGGGUAUCGGCGCCGACGACGCCGCGGACGCACGCCAUCCGCAAAGAGUUCGGCGGCGCGACGGUGCCCGAGUACGCGCGCCGCGGCGCCGCGCUCGACCGCGCCUACCUCUUCGCCACGCCCGAGGCCGCCUUCGAGUUCGUGUACGCCGUCGAGUCGCGCAUCGCGAGGCCCAAGCGGCACUAUCCGAUGUGGGGCGGCUGCGGCCGCCGCGUCUACGUGCGGUGGAAGUCGCACGGCUACGCCGAUACCAGGCGGGCCGGCAGCAGGACGGGCAUAAGCAUACAGGAUAUCGAGUCCGCGUUCGAGACCGAGCAGAUGGCGAGGGAUAUUGCGAGUCGUGAUCGGCGUGGGCGCGGCGCCGCUGUUCGUUGCGAUGAUUGGUACGAGCGGCUUGGGAAGGACAACAGUGAAAACCCUGCGGGUAAGAUCAGGCGGACGGCGGGCCACAAGAGGAACGAUGUCGAGUCAUAUUUCCCGGUUGCGUUUUGGCCGGAGGAGGAGCAGAGACUGCCUGGUGAGCUGAAGGCAGGCAGUAGGCUGAUGAUAUGGGAUUGGAGGAAGGCUAUUAUUCAGGAUGAUGUGGAGAGCCGCACCUGA